UUGUGCAACGUUAUUGCGCAUGCGUGUGUGGAAUGGAAGCAGAAAUGAAAAACAUUGAUGUUAAAGAAGAAAAAUUUUCUCGUUUCGUCACUGUCUAAUUUAUCAGUUUCUUGAGAGAUUGAUAAGAUCUAAGUAGAUAGUACGCAUUGCGAUCAGAGAAGAAGUACCUCCAUGUUUUCUGUGAGAAGAUAACAAGAAGGCAGAAUAUGGUUCGAUUGAAAAGGCUGCUGUUGUGCGUCUGCUUCUUAUGCCGAAUAAGGAUAGCAGAACAAGAACAAUUAAAUGAUUACAUUUUGGACUACCAGCCAUUGACUUAUGAUCCUUUGGAUUUACACAAUAAGCAUGACAGAAUAAAACGCUCAGUAGACCAGCAUUUACAACUAUCAUUUUCUGCAUAUGGAAGAGAUUUCAAGCUAAAGCUACAAAAAGACAAUUCCAUAUUUAGUACAGAUCAUCAAACAUUAAAUGGUGAUGGUUCUUUAGCACCUGUAGAUACAUCAUUCAUUUACAGUGGCUUUUUGGAAGUAAAACUGAUUGAAUAUGGGGCAUAUGCCUAUUCAACUGCUUUGUUGCUGAAGGUGUAUGCUGUGAAUGAGUUGAAGCUAACAAUGUACCCUAACAGCUAUGCUCACAUUGCUGUGAUAAAUGGAACUGCAAGAGGCUAUGUACAAGUUCCAGGGCACACCACAUUUUAUAUAGAACCUGCUGAAAUUUACUUUAGAAAUCCAGGAUUCCACACAGUCAUUUACCCUCAGACUCACAUGAACUUAAAUCCCUAUAGACAUCGACGAGAAGCUGAACUAGGCGUGUGUGGUAAUGAUGCUGCUGCAGAAUGGAUGAAGAGGCAUGCAGAUUCGGUCAUCCUGGAUCAACCUCUUAACAGAGCUGCUCGGUAUGCAUCAGAGACAGAAGAAAGACACAGACCAUACUUGAAGUACACUGCUGAAAAUAACAGUGGUCAUCGAAAGAGAAGAGCCACAAUUGGGGAGAAAAACACAUGCUACCUCUACCUCAGAGCUGACCCCAUUUUAUGGGAACACAUCAAGUUCAAAAAGUACAAUACAAAGCUGAGUGAUGAGAGAACACAAGAAGAAAUCCUGGCCUUCUUUGCAAACCAUGUUAGUGCUGUCAAGAACAUUUACUCAAAGACAGAGUUUCACACAUAUGAUUAUGCCAUGAAAUAUGUUGGCGUUGACUUUGUAGUCCAAAGAACAAGUGUAAAUAAUGACUCUGGAAACCAGUAUUGUAAUACCAAUCGUGCCACUAGUUACUGCAACCGCAACAUUGAUGUGACAAACUUCCUCAACCUUAACUCCUUGGAUCAGCAUGAUGAGUUCUGCUUAGCAUAUGUUUUCACCUUCCGAGAUUUCACCAAGGGCACACUGGGACUUGCCUGGGUAGGGUCAGACUCAAGAGCAGCUGGAGGUGUGUGUGAACGACACAAGGACUACCCUGAAGGAGGAGGGCGUGUCAGCAAGAGUCUUAACACGGGAAUAGUCACUGUCAUCAAUUAUGGAAAGGCUGUUCCAGCUAGAGUGUCACAGCUUACCUUUGCCCAUGAGAUUGGCCAUAAUUUUGGAUCACCUCAUGACAGUGGCCCACUAUGUGCACCAUAUGGAACCAAUCGCAAAGAGGCUGAAGAUGGCAACUAUAUUAUGUUUGCUAGUGCAACCAUGGGCGAUAAGCCUAAUAAUGAUGACUUUUCAGUGUGCAGUCUGGAUAACAUCACACGUGUUCUUGAUGCAGUGCUAAAUGAACGAUAUGGAAAAGUGAACUGCUUCCAGAAGUCAACACAAGCAUUUUGUGGAAAUGGUAUCACAGAGGGUGAGGAAAAGUGUGACUGUGGCUAUGCAGCAGACUGCGAUGACAAGUGUUGCUAUGGCAAGGGUUCCCUGGUAGGUCAGGAGUGCACACUAAGGGAAGGCUAUCAGUGCAGUCCCACUGCAGGACCAUGCUGUUCUCGAGACUGUGGCUAUAUUACGCAAGAGAAGAGAUCUGUGUGCCAGCCACAGGAUGACUGCAAAGCUGAAAGUCUUUGUGGAGGGAAAAGUGCAAUGUGCCCUAAAGCACAACAAAAACCAAAUGGAACAUUUUGCAAUGACUUCUCCCAGAUUUGCAUACAGGGGGAGUGUGUUAAGUCUGUAUGCCACAAAAUUAACUGGGAGGAGUGCUUCUUGACAUCAGAUGAAAAUGGAGAAGGGCCAUCACGCGAAGCAAUGUGCUAUGUAUCUUGCCGAAACCCAUAUACAAAAGAAUGUGUCAGUUCCUACACAAUGACAGACAUUAACAAGGAAGAUAAUGAAUUGUUCAAGAAUCUUUUGAUGGAAAUUCAACAGCAGAAAGCUCGGGACAGAAUGAAUAGCCUUGAACUUCAGGGAAUACAACUCCCAGCAGGUUCACCGUGUGAUAAUUUCCGUGGCUACUGUGACGUUUUUCACAAGUGCCGUGGAGUUGAUGCUGAUGGUCCCUUAGCACGGCUGAAAAACCUCAUCUUUGAUCCCAAAACACUACAAAGUAUCAAGGACUGGAUAGUGAUACACUGGUGGGCGAUGAUGCUUAUAAGCAUUGGAUUAGUUGUAGUAAUGGGUGUUUUCAUCAAGGUGUGCGCUGUGCACACCCCUAGCAGCAACCCCAACAAACCAAAGGCUCGCAAAAUCAGCAUGACGCUUCGACGAACCCAUCGACACCCUCGUCAUCCACACAACUCGCAAACCACUGCACUCACAGCGCAUGAUCAUAGGGAAAGUGUUGACAGUCGCAGCCAUGGCAGAAGUCACACACCAGGUGCAAGUUCAGAAGCAACUGGUGUGGCUAGGUCAGCAGCACAAACAAGCAAGCCUAACAGCACCACAGUAGCUGCCACCAGCAGUGGUGGGGCUGAAGCUGCUGUUGUAGUAGAAAAAUAUCAGGAACCACCUCCUCCAUAUACAAAAGCUUUGCUACCUGGCAACCUUCCUCCUCAUGGGAAGGGCAAACGGAACAAGCGACGAGAGAGAGGAGUAGAGAUGCAGCGUCUAUGAAAUAGAAAAAAUAUGAACAAAAUAACAUCUUUAUUUAGCCUCAUUUUUUAAAAUUUAAAUGCACUGACCAGGUGCAGAUCUCACAACUAUGUUAACAAACUGACCAGCUAGUGACUAUAGUUGUGGUAUGACAGGGGCAGAGUGCUAAGAUCUAGCAACACAUAAAACUGCCUCUGUUUCUGCUUGAUAUUAGUUUCAGAAGAUUGUUCCUUUUACACCCCAGUCUCUCUUUCCAUAGAAACUCUUACUAAAAAGAAAUUCUUCUCUUUUGAUCUCUAUCUUGUUCCCCUCCUCCAUCUUUUAUGCUUUCCCUCAUUUUUCUUUCCAGCAUUAGAAACCUCAACUCCUGUCCUCAUCUGUUCUCUAGUCAUUGUUAAUUUAUCUUGCAUUACGCGAAACUGGGUUUGUUUGUCUCAUGAGUGCCAAGAAGAGGUUGAGGAAGAAUAAACUGUCUCAGUUUCUUGAAAGUACUGUCAGGGUGUUGUCUGAAGUAGGUUGUCAAGUACUUUCAGAAGCUUGGAGAUUAUUUUUAAUCGUGAUACUGCAGCUACAAAGUUUUAUUUUGUAUGACGUUUUAUCUAUUCAUGAUAUUCUUCUCCACUUAGCAUUGUAUGAAUCAAAUGUGGUUUUUAUUCUUGUUGAAGUUGAUGGGUACUUUGCUUGAUGAUGACACAAUGAUUUUAUAACAAAAUGAAACAAAAAAUACAUAAUCAACAUUAAAAAUUUGUCUGGGAUUUUUAUCAUUGUCAAGUAUGAUGAUGUCUCAUAAAGAACAAUGCCUCUUUUUUUUUAUAUCAAGAAUGAUAAUUUCAGUGGACAGGUUUUCUUAAUUCCAGUGUUGGUGGUUAAUUUAGAAUCCAAUUUCUUUAGUUUUUUUUUUUUUUUUUGAUUCAUGGUUUUAUUCACCAGCUCUUGUAUGUAUGUAUAUGCAUGUGGGUGUGAGAAUUUAGAUUUAUCUGCAUUAAUGGAUAUAAUUUUAAUAAUUAUAUGCAUUAUAAAUAGAGAAAGAGAGUAUCCUUUGGCAGACUACUUCUAAUUAGAAUUUUUCUAUGGAUGUUGUAGUGGGUGUUGGCAUUAAAACAAUUUUUUUUUUAUUCUUAACACCAAAACUAUUUGAGAUCAACACUGGGUGGAGGAUCAGAACAAAAUCUUGCAAAAGAAAUGCAUCCAGUCAAGAGGACAUGCAAGUCUUAUCCCAAAGAUAUGUUUAGUGAAUAUAUUGUUUUACUUUAUUUCAUUCCAUUCACAUUUGCUUCAUUGUUUAUGGCUAAUAAAAUUUUUAGUAAGGGUAUUGAUGAUAAUAGCAGGAGCAUGUAUUUGUCCAGUAUGUUACCAGUUAAUCUCUUUUAACAAAUUUAAUGUUUUCUCUAACUAUAGUAAUUUAUGUCUUCCUUGUUCCAGUCAGAUAUGAAGACAAAGACAGCACAUUACUGCAAACAUGAAACAACAGACAUACAGUGAUUACGACUAUUGCAUAAGUUUCAAAUCUCAUUUUUUAACAUUGCUCUUUUUUUUUUUUUUUUUUUUUUUUUUUUUUUGUGCACUUAUUUGCAGAUUUUAAUGAUGAUAGUUUGGUUGAGUUGUGGAUUUUUAAUGAUAGUUGAUGUUUAGUUUUAGUUUCAUUUUGGUAAUCAUGAGAUUUAUUCCGAUUUGUACUGUUAAGUGUGUCCACAUCAGGCAUUCUGCCUGCAUUUUUACCCAUUUUCUGCUUUAGCUUUUAGUGGAGUAAGCUAGUCAUUUGUCUGCUCAUAUCUGGUAAAGAUCUUUAUCUUCUUGGACAUUUUUGUGGUAAGAGGGUAGGUGUGAAUGGUGCUUGUAUGCUGGCGAGUGUGUAGGUAGUCGAUGUAUGUGCAUAGGUGUGUUUGGAGUGCAUAUUGGCGCUCUGAGCAGUCAUCCUGAAUAUAACCUGUAAGUUCCUGGGCAAUAUCUUCCCGUGCAAUUAUUUUAACAUAAACACAUGUAGUUGUGCUUUGGGUUAUUGAGUAUACAGAUCACAUGGUCAGUAGUUGGCACUGUAUUUGCAUUCAGGUUUUUUAUGCAUUCUUCAAGCUAUUGGGAUUUUACCUAGAAGGUAAUUGCUGGCCUGCACUUGAGAUCAGGGCCAUGCUUAGGGGCAGGCAGAUAAGGCAUCUGCCUAGGGUCCCGCGCUUUUGAUAGUCAUCAGGGCUCGUGCUUUUGAUUAAAACCCUGGCAAUCCUGAUGUCGAGGGCCUCACACAUGUCCUAUGCCUUGGGGGCUAGGAAUGGGCCUGCUUGAGAUGUAGGGUUGACUUGAAUUCCAGUCUAUUAGACCUUGCCCAUACGUGUGUUGCAUACCACCCCUGACUUUGCAAAAAAAUAAUGAAGUGUUAAGAGAUUAGUCUUUCAUAAAGAUUUGUCCUGCUAUGACAUGUUACAGUGAGAUCUCAAAAUGAUUGUAGAAGGUUGACUAUUUUGUUGUUUUUGGUUGUGCCAUGCUUGAUUACAUUUCUGUUCACAUAACACAGUUUAAUGUAGUUUGUAAUAUAUAUAUACUUUUUCUUUAGCAGAACUCCUUGUCUAUAUAUAAACAGUGGAGUUUGCCUGAAUUCCAGUUUUACAACCAGUUUUUAUUCAAAAGGUGUGAAAUAGUUCAUAUUUGAUUUUAUCUUUCCCCAAGAAUAGAUGAAAAUAGUUUGUGAUGAAAAGUGAAUAAGUUAUGAGUCUAAAGCAAAAUUGUCAUGUGUCCAAACUGGUCUUUAGUGUGCGCUGUAGGUGGUGCUGUUUUAUGAACUGACUAUUGAAGGAAUGCUUGUGAUCCACUUGCUUAUGGCUUUAUAUCUGUAUCCUACUGAGCAAAAUCAUAUUGUGACAUAAUCAUAUGUGUAUAUGUGCAAUUUUAUGUUUGUGAAAAAGUAAAACUAAUAAGUUUUCUGUGUUUAAGUACUUCAAAUAUCCAUUGAUAAUGUAUAAUUCAUGUUUAUGACAGAAGGGAAGGGGUUAGAGGCUCGUUUAGAUGCCACCUGAAGGCUGACUGGUCUGAAGCGCUGUUUGGCGUACAGGUUUGUUUUGGUUCAGAAGGGAUGGAGGGGGCUGCAACCAGCCUACUAUCCAUCUUCUGAUAAUACACAAGAGUAACAUAAUGGUGAAAACUUUUUUUUUACCGCUACAUUGAGAACAAAAACGUCCUGGGUUCAUACUCGUCUGUUUAUGACACCUGUUUGCAGGACUACCUGUGGGUGGGUUUUGUCUGGAUACUCCAGUUUUCUUUCCCCCUUGAUUAUCCCUUUCCCUUCAUCGAGUGAAAUUGCCUCAAGGUGGAAGCACUUUCCUGCCUAAGCAGCCAACUAUCAACAUUAUUUCAGAGUGUUUGCUAGACAAGAAUGUGUUGUGAGAGUUUUGCUCAGUUCUGUGGUUGUACUAGUAGCUGCAGUUAACACCAUACAGCCUACCAAGUGUGCACAAGUGUGUGCCAUGUGGUAGAUCACCUGGCCACAUAUGCCUAUUUGUUGUGCUAUCUAUAAAGCAUAUACUACCCAUUACUUUACCUUAAAUAAUGAUGUGGAGGUACAGUAGUUCUAAAAUCUCUUAACGGCUGUUUUUGGUGCAAGUGGAUGAAUGUAUUUUUUGUUUUGUGAUUCUGUGGAGUUUUCUCCCUCUACCAACUGUUACUAAAUUCAUACCCAUGGUCCAUGUCUGCUGGUCAUGUGGCUGUCACUCUACUCACAUCUGUUCAUCUAUGGUAAGGGACAUCACUGACACUUCCGAAGAAACAGACGCCAGGAUAAUGUUCAAAAUCAAAUCA